AUGGGUUUUAUCCGAAAUUUAACCAAUAAGAAUGAAGCUGGACUUUCAAAGGAAAAUAGUAGUGGUGAAAGUGUAAAUCAAAUUAAGAUGAAUAAUAGAGGAAAAACUGAUUCAGAUGAUGUUCAAAAUUCAAAUUCGCAAUCAUAUACUUCAUCUUCUGCUAAUGAAAGACUGGCAUAUGAAAAACAUGAUAUUACCUAUUCUCAACCGAAUGCAAUUUCUGUUGAAGAUGUACAUACAAGUGAUGAUUCAAAUUCGGCACUACCUGAUUAUAUCAUUUCAACUCCAAAAGCUCAAACGUAUGAAUUGAGAGGGGAUUACCAAGGGUACUAUUCAAAUAAAACCAAUUUGAAUUCAAACAGUACUCCAAAUGCAUAUAAUGAUAAUUCUCUACCACCUCCAAUCUCGAAUUCAAAUUCAUAUUCAAAUUUGAUUAUGUCGCCUCCUUCUUUUGAUAGAUACCCAAUAAUUGCAUCGAACAUUUCACAAUUACAUAAUUCAUUCAUCAAUCAUGAUACAAAAAUAGCAUCGGCAAUAAAUAAUAAGAAUAAUCUCUAUGAAUCCAGUCAUUUACACACAAACUCAAGUUCGUCAAUAGGAAUAAAACAACAGAACUCAAAUGUUUCUCUUUCGCAAGCGCUUCAAUAUAGUAAUGAUCUAUCACCAUUUGGUGGGUUUCCAACUAGUGCAUUCCCAAUUUUUCUAGAAGAUAAAGAAGAUGAUGAUUUUUUUCAUAAUCCAGAUCCUGAAGAAGAAGCGAAAUUAGACAGAAAGAGAAUCUGGAUGGAUAUAAAACAUAUGAAUAGAAGAUCUAUGGGUGGUUGGUUAGGUUUGUUCUUAUUACUAGCAGCAGGUAUUUUUAUUUUUAUUGUUUUACCCGCCUUGACUUUUGCAGGUGUUGUCGAUCAUCAUGAUCCACUAUCAAGCGGUUCAGCAGGUGGUAAUCGUUCAGAUGCAGUCACAUAUUUAUCGGAUUAUGACUAUCCAACGUUAGCAGCCAUUCGUACUACAUUAGUUGAUCCAGAUACUCCAAGUUCGGCCUCUACCAGAGUUGCAAGAGAUGGAUCAAAAUGGAAACUGGUAUUCUCAGAUGAGUUUAACGCUGUUGGAAGAACAUUUUACGAUGGAGAUGACCAAUUUUGGACUGCGCCAGAUAUUCACUACGACGCUACAAAGGAUUUAGAAUGGUAUACACCAGAUGCGGUCACUACCGCAAAUGGUACAUUAUCUUUAAGAAUGGAUGCUUACAGAAAUCAUGAUUUGUACUAUAGAUCAGGUAUGGUUCAAAGUUGGAAUAAAAUGUGCUUUACAGAAGGUGCUUUAGAAAUUUCAGCAAAAUUACCAAACUAUGGUAAGGUUACAGGUUUAUGGCCAGGUUUAUGGACUAUGGGUAAUUUAGCAAGACCAGGCUAUUUAGCAUCCACUGAAGGUGUUUGGCCAUAUAGUUACCAAGCUUGUGAUGCAGGUAUCACACCAAAUCAAAGUUCUAAUGAUGGUAUCUCAUAUCUACCAGGUCAAAAAUUGAAUUCCUGCACAUGUGAUGGUGAAGAUCACCCGAAUCAAGGUACGGGUAGAGGAGCACCAGAAAUUGAUUUACUAGAAGGUGAAGUUGAUACAGUUAUCGGGGUUGGUCUUGCAUCUCAAUCUUUACAAGUUGCUCCAUAUGAUAUUUGGUAUAUUCCAGAUUAUAAUUUUAUUGAAAUACAUAAUUUUACCACUACUACUAUGAACAGUUACUGUGGUGGUCCAUUUCAACAAGCUGUUUCUGCAGUCACAACUUUAAACACAUCAUGGUAUGAAUUUGGCCCAGAAGCUGGAUAUUAUCAAAAAUUUGCUAUAGAAUAUUUAAAUGACAAAGACGCCGGUUAUAUUAAGUGGUUUGUAGGCGAUAAUCCAACAAUGACUCUUCACUCUUGGGCUUUGCAUCCUAAUGGUAAUAUUGAUUGGAGACCAAUCAGUAAGGAACCUAUGUCAAUCAUUAUGAAUAUGGGUAUUUCGAACAAUUGGGCUUACAUUGAUUGGCAAGCUAUUUAUUUCCCCGUUACUUUUAGAAUUGACUAUGUGAGAUUAUAUCAACCUAGCGACUCUAUAUCUUUGACAUGUGACCCAGAUGAUUACCCAACAUAUGAUUAUAUUCAGGAACAUUUAAAUGCAUAUUCAAAUGCAAAUUUGACAAGUUGGGCUGGAGCAGGGUAUUCGUUUCCAAGUAACAGCUUAACAGGUAACUGUAAUGCAUAG